CGACCGGCACCUGGACAUUAUAACCGGCUGAGCAGGUCACCCAUAUAACGCCGGGCUCUGUCUGUGUCCUCCACACGUUCAUCAGAGCUCCUCCUCCUCCUCCUCUUACUCCUCCAAUCUUUGGUAUCUCCGGCGAAUACUCCAUACUCUCUCCGAUUAAAACUUCACAGGAAAAAGGAAGCAAUGGAUUUUUUCUUCAAAGGAAUGAAUGAGACAUCUGAGUGCCCCUUCAAUGAGCAAGACAUCCAAAGAUGUCCUUUUUUGAGGAACAUUAGCAAGCCCACCAGCUUCUCUUUCUCUUGUCUGAACAUCCCAACUCCCGUAAGGGGAGCCAACGGUCCAAUCUUUGAAGAUGGCCCCAAUUUUGAUACAGCUUUUAAGCUUUUUCAUGGGAAGGAUGGAGUAGUCCCACUCUCAGAGAGGCCUUUUUUUCAUGACAAAAGCUUGGAAACAAAGCCUGUGCCUCAGUUUAACCCUUUGGCUGCAAAAGCUGCUUCCAUCAGUUUGUCGGGAUUUGGAUCUGGGGGCCCAUUUGGCUUUGAUUUCUUCUCCAAGAAUUGGAAUAAUCAGAAAAAGAAAUCUGAGUCAUCCAAAAAGAGAAAGCAAUCUUCUCAGGGAGGAGAUUCAUCAAAACACGAGGCACUGGGAAAUGAGUGGCUAGAAACUGGGAACUGUCCGAUUGCCAAGUCUUACAGAGCUGUUAGCCACGUUCUUCCCCUUGUUGCAACAGCUCUUCAGCCGCCACCUGGCAUGAAGAUUAAAUGUCCUCCUGCUGUAGUUGCUGCCCGAGCUGCCCUUGCCCGGACUGCCCUCGUCAAGUCGCUUCGCCCCCAACCUCUCCCUGAAAAAAUCCUCAUAAUUGGAGUCUUGGGCAUGGCAGCUAACAUUCCUCUCGGCAUAUGGAGGGAACACACUCGGAAAUUCUCACUUUCGUGGUUUACAGCGGUGCACGCUUCCGUGCCCUUCAUAGCGAUGCUUAGGAAGUCUGUAUUGAUGCCCAAGAAUGCUAUGGUGUUGACAAUCGGAGCUUCUAUCCUUGGACAGGUCAUUGGCUCUAGGGCUGAGAGAUUCCGUCUGAAAGCUGUGGCUGAAAGAGAAAAGGCCACUCAUUCAGGUGCCAUUACAGGGUUUAGUUCAGGCUCAGGUGAUGGCAUUACGGGUGCUACUCAUUGUGGCACGGAAGGAAUGAUGUGGGACCCACUUCCAGUUAAGGCUUCUGGGCCCACAUCUUCAUCUGCCAACGUGUGCUUCUGAGUCUGUGAACUAGUAAGAAUAAAAGAAUGGCAAGAAUAAUGCCUAGGGGUAUUACAAACUGAGACUUUCAGCUUUAGUACUUCAAAUUAUGUUUCUUUUACUUUUUUUGUGACAAAAACUGUAAUACAGCCAUUUGGUAAUGGUGUUAAUGAAAACACUUCUCAAGUGGAAAAACUUUUCUGUGUCUAAAAUUUUUUAUGCAGAACAUGUUGCAUGAGUUUUCUGCUGAAGUUUAGCUCUUGAAUUGAAAGCAAGAUGUAAUGUUGGAAUAUAGAGAUGUCUUAGCUUUGCAGACUCUGCAUUAUUUUUCACUA